CACAGAGAUGAGAGAAGAAGCAAGAGGUGUGAAAAUGACUUUCGUGAGAGAGAGAAGGCACCAACAACCACUAAGGCUAUCCCUACCACCAACCAUACCUGCAGCUGACUUCCGGCAUCAGAUCCAUUUGCCGUCAUUUUCAUUGACCAUUAGUCCAGAUUCUCCAAACAUAGAGAAGCUCUCAGACCUGGAAAAACUGGCGGUUCUUGGCCAUGGCAAUAGUGGCACGGUCUAUAAAGUACGGCACAAACGCAGCUCCUCCAUAUUUGCAUUGAAAACCCUCCGUUUCGACCGAAACUCCACCAUAAUUCGACAACAAGCAGGAAGGGAGGCAGAGAUCCUUAGACGCGUGGAUUCACCUUACGUUGUCCAGUGCCAUGCUGUUUUUGAUAGUGAGGAUGACUUGUACUUUGCAAUGGAGCACAUGGAAAGAGGAUCACUGCAUGAUGUUCUGCUUGUGAACAGAAUAUUGCCUGAGGAUGUCAUAUCUGGUGUGGCACGGUGCAUUCUGAAUGGGUUACAGUAUCUCCAUGAGAAGCAGAUAGUACAUGGGGACAUAAAACCCUCAAAUCUACUGAUAAAUGCUGAAGGAGUUGUUAAGAUUGCAGAUUUUGGAGUGAGUAGGGUAGUGGUGGGAAAACAUGAUUCAUAUGGGACUUAUAUGGGAACAUGUGCUUACAUGAGUCCUGAGAGAAUUGAUCCUGAGAGAUGGGAUGGAAAUGGAGAUCAUGGAUUCGCAGGAGAUGUUUGGUCGCUUGGGGUGGUAGUUUUGGAGUGCCUAGUGGGUCAUUAUCCAUUGAUUGGUUGUGGAGAGAAACCAGACUGGGCAGCAUUGGUGUGUGCUAUAUGCUUUGGGGAGAGAUUGCAAAUGCCGAAGAGUGCAUCCAGCAGGAUUCAAAGCUUUGUUAGGAGGUGUCUAGAGAAGGACUGGAAGAAGAGAGGGACUGUGGGUGAGCUUCUUGAUCAUCCUUUUGUGACCCAGAUCAGUUUUGAAUCUAGACAUGGGGUAGCUGAUUUUGUUUUGCGUGAUUGAGAUUCAUUUUUCCUUUUCUGUUCUCUCCAUAUCUUAUGUCAUUUCAGUACCUUUUAGU